CACUGCCCUCCGGCUUCUUCCUGCAGCCACAGGCACAGGCAGGCGGUAGCUCAUCUCUUCUCUGGAGCUGUGGAGCGGGAUCGGGACCAACCCUCCUGUUCUCCUCACCUCUGAGCUGAGCUGUGUAGUCGAAUGAGAGCUACUGAGACUCACCUCACCUAGAAAACUGGGGAGAUCUGCAGUGCGGAGUUAAAUCCUGGAGCUGGAAAGCCACUGGAGAGCCAGGCCACCAACUCCACCGUGAAGAAUGCAGUCCCCAGGGCGGUCCGCGCUGUGCCUGGUGCUCCUGGUCGUGUGUUUCUCUGGGGUGCUGAGCUCGGUCCUGGAUCCCAUGGAUUCCAUAGAGCUCAUGGAGUUCAUGGCUCAUCCUUUGAUGUCCUUCCAGGUGCUACAUGAAGAGGACCAUAAAGAGGACUAUAAAGAGGACCUCGAGAGUGAGGAGCUGCUGAGCCCUAGGUGUCCAGAUGCCCUGAGCAUUCCUGUGGUGGACGAGUACACUGUGGAUGUCGAGCUCAGCUUUGAGAAUGUGUCCUUCCUGGAGUCUCUCAGAGCUCAGCUGCACGACCUCAGUUUUCCAAUUCAAGUAACUGACACUGACCCAGUGACUGCCAUUCUGAGCAUAGAGGUGACAACAGUCUGCACAGCCACCGGAAAUGAAGUGUGGUGCUCCUGUGAGUCAGGCUAUGAGUGGCCUCAGGCAGGAUGCCUCCAUAAUGCCAUCUGUCGGGAGCAUGAUGGUGUCUCCUCAGGGAAUCCCUGCGGCUGCCUGAAAGAACUCCCUCCUCAGGGACCUUUCUGCCAGCCCCCAACAGUUCUUACCUUGAGAAUGAAAGUCAGACUGAAUGUGGGUUUUCAAGAAGAACUGUUAAACACAUCCUCUGCCCUCUACCGAUCCUACAAGACCGACCUGGAAAGAGCGUUCCAGGAGGGGUACAGGAUUUUACCAGGCUUCAGAUCAGUGGCUGUGACAGAGUUCACCAACGGCAGUGUGGUUGUGAGCUUUGAAGUCAAGACUACAACGCUCCCCCCUGGACAAAUCCAGAAGGCCAACGAGCUGGUGCUGCAGAGCCUCAACCAGACCUACAAAGCAGAUGAGAACUCCUUCCAGGGGGUGAACAAUGAAACCAAGUUAUCCGUCAUGCCAGCAAUCAUCUUUGAAGGGGACACGGUGACACUGGAGUGUGAAAACGAAGUGCUGUCCUCCAACGUGUCCUGGCUCUAUGGGGAAGGGCUCUCCAGCCUGUCCAGGCUCCGGAAUGGCAGCAGACACUCCAUCUACACCACCGUGCAGCUGACCUCCAUGUCGCGGCUCACCAUCACCAACUUCACCCAGGAAGAUGAGGGUCUCUACGCUUGCAAACUGGUAAUGGAUAUCUUUGAAUUUGGGACCGAAAAAUACAUCAAUGUGACGCCUAUCCAGAUCCUGGCAAAUGAAACAACAGCCGUGAAGUGCGACAACUAUCCUGUGUCGCUGAACUGCUGCAGUGAGAACGAAGCGAACUGGACAGCCAUCGAGUGGAAGCAGGAAGGCAACAUGAGCAUUCCAGGACACGAGGACCAGGACCUGAACUCCGGCUGCGGCAGGUAUAUCCUGCAGGCCAACACGACCCAGUGCCCGGACACAAUCAUCUACAUGUGCGAGUUCCUCAGCGGCUACGGAGCCAGGGUCGGCAAGGCCAUCGAGGUGACAUUCACCCCUGUGGGAGAUAAUUCCACCCACAAAGGGGAAGAGCAUGAGCCCUUGAGGCACACGACGGAAGGGAGUACAAUUCACAGUGCCACCACCAGCAGCCUAGCAACCCAGAGAGCCCGGGAGCAGCCAGCCGAAUUAAUAAUAACCCCGGAGCCAAUUUCUGUUUCUGAGGGACAAAGCUUUUCUAUAACAUGCACCAGUAACGUGCGUAACUAUGAUGAGGUGUACUGGAACACUUCGGCUGGAAUUAAGAUCCACAAAAGGUUCUAUGCCACACAGCGCCAUCCUGAAGGAGCUGAGUCGGUGCUGACAGUGGAGACAUCGACCAGGGAGUGGAACGGAACAUACCGCUGCGUAUUCCGAUAUAAGAACACAUACAGUGUGGCCACCAAAGAUGUCACUGUUCACCCGCUGCCCCUGGAGCCAAACAUUAUGGUCGACCCUUUGGAAGCCAGUGGUUUGUGCACAGACUCCCAUCACUUCAGGUGCUGCGUGGAGGAGGACGAGGACUACAAAGUGAUGUUCCAAAUGGGGUCUUCCUUCUUUCCCGCUGCCAAAGAAGUGAAGGGAAAGCAAGUGUGCUACAAAUACAGCUCCACGGCAGACUCAGUUUCCCAGUGUCCCAAAAAUGUCGAUGUCUUCUGUCACUUUACCAAUGCUGCCAACAGUUCGGUUCGCAGCUCUUCCAUGAAGCUCACUCUGGUUCCUGGGGAAAACAUCACAUGCCGAGACCCCGCCAUCGGGGUUGGGGAGCCUGGGAAGGUCAUCCAGAAGCUGUGCCAGUUCUCAGAUGUUUCCAGGAGCCCUGACAGCACCAUCGGUGGGACCAUCACUUACAGAUGCGUGGGCUCCCAGUGGCAGGUGGAGCGGAAGGGCUGCAUCUCCGCUCCCAUCAAUGGCCUGCUCCAGCUGGCAGAGGCUUUGAUCAAGAGCCCCUCUCAGGACCAAAACCUCCCCACAUACCUGAAGAAUCUUUCCGUCAGCACCGGCCGGGAGGAGCUGGAGAUCCAGUCGUCCCCCGGGAGCCUGGGCGCCGUCAUCAACAUCCUAGACCUGCUCUCGACAGUUCCGUCGCACGUGGACCCAGAGAUGAUGAAGGACGUGCUGGCCACUGUGAAUGUCAUCUUGGGCGAGUCCGUCCUGGGCUCCUGGGAGGCUCUGCAGCAGGACCAGACCAGCCAGAGCUCACAGCUGCUGCAUUCAGUGGAGCGGUUUUCCAAAGCCCUGCGGCCAGGGGACAGCACCUUGGUGUUCCUCCGCCACCCUAACGUGCAGAUGGGAAGCAUGGUCGUAAAACCCGGGAAGUCCCACAGCUACCAGCAGAAUUUUCACUUCCCAGCGUCCAACCUCUGGGGCAACGUGACCAUUGAAAAGCAUCAGCUGGGAAACCUGCAUCCAGAGUCCUUGGUGGUCACUGUGGCUUUCCCAACGCUCAAAGCCAUCCUGGUUCAGGACGCUCAGAAAAAGCCUUUUGCAAACAGUUUAGUGAUGACCACCACCAUCAGCCACAACAUCACCAUGCCGUUUGAGAUCUCCAUGACUUUUAAAAACAACCACGGAGCAGGAGGGCAAAUAAUCUGCGUCUUCUGGAACUUCAGCCUCUCCAACAACACUGGGGGCUGGGACAGCCACGGGUGCCGCGUGAACAGCGUGGACAGGGACAGAAUCUCCUGCACCUGUGACCACCUGACUUCCUUCUCCAUCCUUAUGUCCCCAGACUCCCCAGACCGGGGCUCUCUCCUGGAGAUUCUGCUGGAUAUCAUUUCCUACAUCGGCCUGGGCUUCUCCAUCCUGAGCUUAGCAGCCUGCCUCGUUGUGGAAGCGGUGGUUUGGAAAUCAGUGACCAAGAACCGGACGUCCUACAUGCGCCACAUCUGCAUCGUGAACAUUGCCGCCUCGCUUCUGUUUGCUGACGCCUGGUUCAUCGUGGUGGCCGCCAUCCAGGAUCACCACUACCCACUCAACGACAUGGCCUGCGUGGCCGCCACCUUCUUCAUCCACUUCUUCUACCUCAGUGUGUUCUUCUGGAUGCUGACGCUGGGCCUCAUGCUCUUCUAUCGCCUGAUUUUCCUCCUGCAUGAUGCAAGCAAGUCCACGCAGAAGGCUGUCGCCUUCUGUCUGGGCUACGGCUGCCCCCUGGUCAUCUCCGUCAUCACGGUGGCGGCCACCCAGCCACAGGAGGUCUACACGAGAAAGAAUGCCUGCUGGCUCAACUGGGACGACACCAAGGCCCUGCUGGCUUUCGUCAUCCCCGCGCUGCUUAUCGUGGUGGUAAACAUGACAGUCACAGUCGUGGUCAUCACCAAGAUCCUGAGGCCGUCCAUCGGGGACAAGCCCCACAAUCAGGAGAAGAACAGCCUGUUUCAGAUCAGCAAGAGCAUCGGGGUCCUCACCCCUCUCCUGGGGCUCACUUGGGGCUUCGGUCUGGCCACCGUGUUCCAGGGGACCAACGCCGUGUUCCAUAUCAUAUUCACCCUGCUCAAUGCCUUCCAGGGAUUAUUCAUUCUACUCUUCGGCUGCCUCUGGGAUCAGAAGGUGCAGGAAACAUUGCUGAACAAGUUUUCACUCUCCAGGCAGUCUUCCCAGCACUCCAAGUCCACAUCCCUGGGUUCAACUACACCCGUGUUCUCCAUGAGUUCUCCAAUAUCGAGAAGAUUUAACAAUCUUUUCGGUAAAACAGCAGCCCCCAAGAUCCCCCCAGGCAGUGACAGAGACCUUGUUAGCAGUGGCAGCUCAGCAGUGUGAUGGAACAUACAACGUGUCCACCCCAGAGACAACCAGCUCAUCGGUGGAAAACUCCUCCAGUGCCUAUUCACUGCUCCACUAAGCAAUGAAAACUACAGCCAUGUGGUCUCCUGGGGACAGCGGACACCUCUGCGAAGAGACCCGAGCAGAGCCAGGACACUCUCUGCAGGCGCCUGGGAGCAGAUGCUGAAGAGACUUCGUCACCGAGACACUUCCUUCUGUAAGAACAGAGGGAAAGGAAUUGCUGUGUCUGUUUCUGCUCCCCACUGCCCCUCCUGUGAUGUCCAGUGUGUAUAGUAUUUAAGUGAAUCAUGCAUCUCCCAAGGCCCAGCUUCUGUCUAUACUGUAAAAUAGAGUUUUAAAGAGACAUUUUCAUUUCUUGCCAUUGGCUACAGUGAUCAGCUUUGAUUAAAAUAAUAAGCAAAAAA